UUGAUGCUUACAGGGUAGUCUAUGCCCUGUGCGUUUCGGUUAACGAGAGUGAAGGCUACAGGCUGUGUCUUCUAAGAGAACUUUAGUUAGCUCUUCACAAAUCACAGUCUAACAUCAAGAUGGUUAUUAAAGUAUUCCUAGCCUCCUCUUCAGGAUCGACAGCGAUCAAGAAGAAGCAGCAGGAUGUGUUGGGCUUUCUUGAAGCUCUCAAGAUCGACUUCACACAGCUGGACAUCGCCUGCAGCGAAGACAACCGCAUGUGGAUGAGGGAGAACGUGCCUGGAGAGAAGAAGCCCGCAAACGGCAUUCCUCUUCCUCCACAGAUCUUUAACGAAGAGAGCUACUGCGGGGACUACGAGACGUUUUUCGAUGCCAAGGAAGACAACGAUGUCUACACCUUCCUGGGGAUUCCCCCUCCAGAAGGCUUUAAGGAAGCUCAACAGGCGCCACAAACGCCUGUUCUCCAGAACGGAACAGACGCUGGAGAACCCCUCGAUGAUGACUCGACAGUAAUUCCCUGACUCGUUUAUCAUCCUUUUCUCUUUCUCUGUCCAGUCUUGCUUGAUCCCAGAGACACGUGUGGUGUUUUUUUCCCCUCCUUCAGUUAACUAUCCUGCUCCGGUAUUCUGUGUUCUGCCGUGAUGGGUGCAGUUUUUGUUUGUGUGUUUAUCUGUUUGUUUGUUGCCUAAUAGUUUCUGCAUGUGUUUUUUUUACAUGUUUGACAUAGAGCGUUUAACUGUGGUGGUGUGAUAUGAAUGGGUGUGUGUGACAAUAGAAUAAAUGUUUUGUUAGCAUGUCUGUGGUGUAGGUGUACAGCUGUUGAGGCAUGCUAUAAUUCCUGUGUUUCAAGAGGUUUAAAUGUAAACUAGAUGCUUUUAUCAAACCGUACGGUUUUUUUUUCAUACAGAUAAAACGUCAUGCAUACAUAUUUUAAAUGACAUCAGUAGCACAGAGAAUGGAAUGCUGUGAGCACAGAGGUCUCUCUCCAGUCUGGGCUGCCGUGUGUGUUGGAUGAUGGUUCUCCAGUAGAGUUUAUUUCUCAGAACCAGUGUGUUUGUCACACAGAGAGGAGAUGUGUUUGUCACACAGAGAGGAGAUGUGCUCGCUGGGGUACCUGUUCUCAGAAUAGUCUCCUUCCACUGCUCCAGUUCCAUGGCUGAAGAUCAUAUUAGUAAUGGGGUAUUUCCAGUGUGUGCUCCUCAGCUGUCUGAUGUGUGACAGACAGAAAGACUGACACACACACACACACACACACACACACAUGCACACAGAUACCUGCACACUGUACACACACACACAAACACACAGACACACACACACACACACACACACAGACAUUAAAUAAAGUGCUUUAUGCUUUCUUUUUCCCCCAACCUCUCUCACCUCUCAGAAGAGUCUCUGAUCCUGUCUCCUGGCCUGCUGUUUGUGCUCAUCGCCUUUCUCUCCCCAACUCUCCUCCUUUUUCCACCUCCCACUAGCAUCAUCACUCCAUCCAUCCCUCCUCACACACACACACACACACACACACACACACAACAUCCAUGCUCAUAUUUAUUCUGACGUUUGAAUCUAUUUCUCUCCUCUCCCUCCUCUACUUCUUUCUCCUUGCGUGGGGGUAUUGCGCCGUG